CAGAGAAAAAUGUACUGAACAACUCUGAAAAUAAUUCUUUUGGAGAAAAUAGAGAGAUGCAAAAUGUAAAGUAUUCAUACGACUCUUCCUUCACUUCUGUGAGUGAGGACAUUUCAGGCCAAACAAAUAGUACAAAAAGCAAACAUUCAAAACUCAAUUCACUAAGUGAAAGCACUGUUACGAAAAUAUUAGAUGCAGCUCUUAAAAAAGGACAAAUUUCCAUAGCAGCUUAUUGUAAGUAUGCGAAGUUGAUCCAGGAAGAAGCAAUGCGUGCACAUGAGCAGGACAUUCUUCUGGACACAACAGAGCAGGCACUCCUUGAUCGAUUCAAGACUGACAUGAUGUCACUUGAAACAAACAAAAGACAGUUGAAGCAGUGUGGCAAAGAAAACCUCGUCCCAUCUGUUAAAAAAAAGCAGCGAGCCCUUGUUCUGAAACUCGAGCAUGACAGAGAAGAGAUAAAAAGGUUGCGAAAUAUGUACAUGGAAGCAUCCAAGGAAUGGAGAAAUCUGCUCUUGCAACACCUAAAUCUUGCCAAAUGUAAUGUGACAGACAACAAAACCUUGGGAACAACGCUACAAGAAAGAGCACUGACAGCAGCAACAAGCAUCAGCACAGAGCCAGGAAACCCCAUGAACUCAGAAACAAAGAAAUCUGUUGUUCCCAGUACUUCACCUGUGCAGACAGAAGUCUCUUCAAGCAUACAAACAGAAUUGUCACAACAUUCAGCUCAGAGUACAAGAUCAGUGGGUUCAGGUUCCUGGAGUUCCAACCAAAAGAAAGAAAAUUCUCCAGUUCAAAGCAGUGUAGAUGUUUGUACAGAUUUAACAAAAACUGAAACAGCUGCUCAGACAAAUUCAGCUGAAAGUAGACACAGUCUUCUUCCAAGCAAGAGAUUAUGGUCUCAUGAUGAAAUAUCCAACUGGGAACAAUCACCAGGUGAAGAUAAAACGAGAGUAAGGCCAUUCAGAUAUCACAGAGAUCACAGUAUUUCCCCAAUGAGAGUGCUGAAAACUGAGAAGCAGAACAUAAAUCUGAGUGGAAGUGCCGAUUUUCUCCACAUGGAAAAUAAUUCUGCAACCACUUGCUUUGAUAGAGACUUUAUUUCAGUGAAAAACAGUUCUUCUGCGAGGGCAGUGCCAGUCAAAGGAAGCAACAACAAAAACAGUUCUGCUUCUCAGGAAACUGCAGAAACAGUUUCUUCUGCAGAGGUACUGUGCAAGGGCAGUGAUGCCAGUAUUCGGAUGUCUGUAUCUCCACAAAGUGGGAUGAGGAGGCAGUCAAGUGGCUCUGAUGAAUCCGUUAUGUUAUCACAAGGUGACACACCAUCAGAGCAAAGCGAUCUGGAGGGCCGAGUUUGUGCUUUAAGAGAGCAGCUAAGAAGACGUGAACUGGAAGCUGAGCAAUUAAAGAAACUGCAGAGGAAGAAAGCUCGUAGGGAGGAACUGAAAGCUACGGAGCAGUCUUUACUGAAACAGAUACAGGCGCUUGAUUCAUACAUCAAUCGAAUAAAAGAACAACUGAAGCAAAAUUUCAACACAUCCCCCUUACUUGCUGUCAAACCUAAGAUAAAACAGCCCCGUGUCCAGACUGAACAAAUCUCCAAGCAUAUUUUGGGUAGAACUAAGGAAAAGUCAGAACCAUGUAAACAGACUGAACGAAAAUCCAACCAGGUGUUGGACAAAGUUGAAUAUGAAUCCCCACUAGAUGAUAGUUCUCAAAAGUCAAUAUCAAAUGGCCUAAGCACUGAGAUUCCAACUGUGAUUUCAGAACAGACAGCUAACUCUGUAAAAUUUCUGCCAGAAGACACUAAUAGCAUCACAUUCAGGGAAGCACACACUUCUGAAGAUGAUAACCAUCAGGAUGAUAUUGUUUCUGUCUCAGGCUCUUAUGAGAGGACAGAGGGUCCUGACUCCACUGAAGAUUAUAUAUCUCAAGAGAAAAAUAGCUACUCCAAGAACAAGAAUGCCAUCAUAAAGACAUCUUCCAUGAAGGAAAUCAGUUCCUUAAGCUCAGAACAGCAAUGUUCAGGUUAUGUAAAACACACAAAAAGUGAGCAGUCUUUUUCAGCAAGAGCCUUGAAUGAUGGAGUGUCCAUAAUUCCUACCAUGCUUGCCUCAGGCGAUGAUUUUGUUGAAGAGGACAGAGAGAUUUCUGAAAUUUUGGUGAACAGCACUUUUGAUAUGAUUAAUGCAGAAGUUUCAUCAACACAGCAAUGUAAGGGUUCUAAAAAUGACUACACACAAGAGUCUUGUGCUUCCUCAUCCUUCAAGCCUCUUGAGAACUCAUCUGAAGCUAAGUCAAAUAACUUGUUCUCAGAGAGGUCAGACAGUUCUCUCAAUAAUGUUGUCCCCCACAGGACUGUCUCAAAAUCAUGUACAUCAGCUACUAUAAAUGAAGAAUUAUCUGAAAUUGAAGAGACAUCCGUGAGUAUGCAACAGAUAUCAGACACCACAGAAGUGCAGAAAGCUUCAUCAGCUGAUAGUAUACAACAUGAAAUUUCAGAAAAAUCGGACUUAGAAUCUGAGAAUGUAGUAAAUGUUACAGAUUUAGUGUAUGCACCACAAAAUGUAGGUGAUACAUUCUGUAUCCUUACAUCUGACAUAAAAGCAAUGAAUGCAUCACCUAGUAUUUUGGCAGCUGGAGAAGAAAAAGGAGAGGAUUCUACACAGGAACUGCUAUUAUCUACAGAAAGUCGGAAUCAACCAUCAGAGAAAGAACUAUCUGAGGAAUCUGUAUUGAAUGUCUAUUCACAUACCAAUCAGGGCAGAGAUGGGAUAGAGUUCUGCCACAGUGCAGAUGAUAGCAUCUGCACGGAGAGCCAUCCUGUGUCUGUGCAGUUGAGCUCAACAUUUGUUGUUGAGCAUGAGGAGCAUACACCAGAAGCCCAAACAGUAGAGCAGUCUAAAAUAACUGUUGGCUCUGAAAAGAAUGAUAGGAUGCAAAAACUAAAGCUUGUUGACAGCAUUACUGAAUCAAUAAUGCUGCAACUUCUGAAGGACUCAUUUGUAUCACCUGACAUUAAACUGAAAGAAUGCGGAGAAGUACCAGAUGGUAAUGCAUCAAGAGAAACAGUUUUAUCAUAUGCACAUAAAUUCAGUGAGACCACCAAGCCAGAGGUUGGUGUAAUAAGUGAAAUUCAAUGUGAUUCAAGAACUGUUAUCCUAGAUGAAGCUGAGAAGCAAGAGAAUCUUGCCAUUGAAAAAGAACCUCACACAAUAAAUGAUAUCUGCAUUGGCAAUACUACUUUCAUCAUUGAUGAGUCUAGUAAGUCUGAGAAAAAUACUUCAGUACUGGUGGAUGAGAUGCUAAAUCACUUCCUAGAAAAUGCUACCAGUGAUGUACUUACCAUAUACAAUGCAAAAAUAUCAAACUCUGACAGACUGUGUGUGCCUUCUGAAGAUUGUAAACAAAGCCCAUCUAUCGAAAUAUUGGAAUCACGCGAUAAUAGUGAUCUUAGUCCACUAGAUCGUGAUUCUAUUUGCAAGCCCUCAGAAAUUAUAAAUGUCACAUUGCAAAAUAAUAAUACCCAUCUCUCAGUUGAUGAUAUGAUAAAUAAUGAUGUAGUGAAAGACUCAUUUCACAACUCGAAAAAAAUUAAUGUUAUAGAAAAUGAAAUGCAAGAUAUGAUAUCAUUUACUUCCCCUGAUAGUAGAAAAGUUCAAGAACUUUCUGUGGAAGAUGUAUUGAAGCCUUUUUCGGAACAUUCUACUUGUGAGAAAUUGAUGACAAGAACUGAUCGCGAACAACCACAUGAAAACAGAAGUGAUGAUGUCUCUUCAGGAAGCCUCAUUACAGAUGAAGGCGACAGUCUACUGCACCAUGGACUUACAACAGCAGAUGAAGUGGUGAUGUCUGAGGAACAUCUGGCAAAUGGCUGUAAGUCAAAAGUUGGUACCCAAAAUGGAAAUAAGUUGAAGGACAUCAGUCAUCUCCAAAAGGUGGAGGUAAGGGGCAAACAGACACUCAACAAUGAGACCUUUCCUCCAGGCUGGUUUGAUGAAGACUUGGAUCUCAGCAACAGCUGGCGUGAAGCUGAGCAAUUACGUUUGCAACAGCUUCACAUUGAGCAAGAGAUACGACGGUUGGAAGAACAGCAGCAUCAGCAACAAGCACUGGUUCUGGUCCGUGAAAUUCCAGACAAGCCUCCACCACCGUACACACCACGUGGUACCACACUGCUGUCAUCUUCAGUGCUUUGUCCGCCACCAGCAAUUGGUGCUUCAGCACCCCGUCACCGUCUUAUAGAACUCGUGGCUGAGGCAACUCCACUGCUCAUUUCCACUGGUACACUGCCCGUGCUGCCUCCGGAAGACUUUUGUACCGGCUACAAUCCUUCCAUCCGCAAGUUCAUCUUUGACCUCAGUAGCAGUCUUGUCAAUGAGGCUGUCAGUGUCCCGUGUACAGAUGAUGAGUAUGGUGAAGAGACUCCUCGACAACAGAUGACAGUGAAGCGAAGUCAGGAAGCAGUGCGAGCACACGUGACACGGAGGGCAACAGCCCUUCUAGAUGGUAGUGCUGGUGCAGGAUCAGGCUCUGCUGGCAAACUCAGGCGCUUGGCUGUAGGACCACGAUGGCGACGACGUGACCAUGUUGAUGAGUUGCUUGUGCGUGAGGCACGUGACGAAGAACCUGGUUGGAUUGACUACCGGCGUGAUGAAGCACAGCUGCGCAAUGAAACAGCAUGUGCACUGCUGCAUGAUUUGCUCGAUGAUACUGUGACUGCUAUUACAACGGCCAUUACAAGACGCAUGGCUCCCAAGACAAAAGGUGUGAUGUGAUUAUGUCAUUGUCUUACGUGGGACUUCUGCCACUAACUUGCAGCAGAUAUUCUCCAAAGUUCCAGCACAUUGAAAAGUGAAGACCAUAAAGAUACUGGAACCUUUUCUUUCUCCAGGAACAUGACUUCAGUGUGCUCUAAUUUGAUGGUAUAGUUUAAAAAUGUUUUAUGGCACAUUCACAGUUUGUCAUUUAUUGUGUAAGGCAGUUGCUCAGCAUACCCGUCCACUCUCUUUGAAUUCCACGAAGCAAGCUUUAAGACACAGCUAAUUCCACAAUACUCAGGUGCACAUGUGAGACUGAUUUUAUUUUUUUACCUAAUUUAUCAAGACAUUUUAAUAAAUUCUCAGAUUAUUUAGUAAAAUUUUGGUGUUGAACUGGACAGCUUUAAGUUUAUAGGAAUAAACAGAGUGAAAUUUGUACUUAAAUGCAGGAAAAGCAACUGCAACUCCAGUGUCAGUAUAAACUUGUGUGUGUGUGUGUGUGUGUGUGUGUGUGUGUGUGUGUGUGUGCGCGCGCGCUUGCACUUGCGUGCACAUGUUUUUCCAUAUUUUUAUUAAGUAACUGUUGGUGCCUCGGAGUGCAAUUAGUAGCUGUUUUAUUCGUCUUUAUUUAUUUAAAUAUCUGAUUUGAACUUGUUAAUUGAUGACAGUUAUUUUAAUUAUUCAUUUUGUUAAUGAAAUUAUUCUUCACUCAGACUACUCCAAGGAACAAAUUAAACUGAGUUUUAUUUAAUUCUGUGGGGUUAUAUUGUAUACAGUAAAUGUGUAAUAUAGGACACGAUUACAAAGUCUAACAUCAUUGAUUAUAAAGAACAGAGACAUAAACAUCAUUUUAACUAAAAAGAAGUCUUUCAAGAAUAGAAAGCUCCACAGGAAUCUGAAGUGAAUAAAAACUUCAUAUCAUUAUGACUAGUAAUAAAUAGUUAUGAUUUAACCAAUGAGAAAAAGAAAAAAAAGCAUAUACACACUUUUUGUUGUUAGUUGUAUAUGAGAUCUCUUACUUUGUGAAAUUUUUGUUUACUUAUGCUUCUGAAUGAACCUUCUGUGCCCCCACUUUCUCAACUCUGGUUCCUUUCUAUUUUUCUUACUUGACAUUUUUCAUUUGAAAUUUCUAGGUGGAUGUUGCAUGUUCUUGACAUCGGUCUGACAGUAAUUGUGUGUUUAGCUUAGAUAAUGUAAUUUGUCUUACCUAUGUUUUGCAAAGAGUGUUAAGCAAUAUAUUUGCCAUAACUCUGUCUUUAUUUAUAUUAUCUGUUGUCAGACAACUGUAGUUUCCAUUUUUGACAAUGCUGAUAACAUUUGUUAAACAAUAAUUGACGCAACCACAGACAUUAUCUAAAAUUAAAUUGUAUUUCAGAUAGUAAAUGAUGAAACAUUAUGUAUCAUACCAAACUAUGAUUAUAGAUAUAUAUUUUCAUAGUAAUGUUUAUUCCAGAAAAGUGUAAGCAGUUGUAAUAAUCUUUGUAAAAUACAA